AUGAAACUUUUUGAAACAAAUGACAGCUUCAUGAAAAUUAUUGGUUUUCCAGUUUACAUUAUAUCCCUUCAUUGGUUCACAUAAUGGUAAAAAUACAUCAAUUAAUACAACUAAGAUAUGAAAAACGAGCACACUUACGAAAAUCAAUAUAAAGAUCCUUGCUAAGACAAUCAUUAUCCGGGUCCUAUUGACAAUUAUGAUAUUAUAGAGUAUAACUUAUAGAUAAAAGAAGACCCUGAUCAGUUAAAAAAAUACACUAAAUAUUGUCUUAGGAACAAUUUUUUCGAAAAUAAGCACUUUGUGAUUAUUUCGUCAAACGCAGCCCGUUAUUUAUGCGAAAAAUAUGGUUAUUUAAAUCUCAUAUAGAGACUUGUUAUAAAAGCAAAUGAAAGUGUAAAUAUAGUGGAAGUGAAUUUAUUAAAAGUUGGUUUUUAUUUAAUUUAGGAAAACUCUAAAAUACAUUUGUAAGAACCCGAAUAUGUCCAGGCAAGCAAAAAGGAAUUCGUGAGUAAUUUAUAAAGCAGAAUUUGUAGAAUUUUAGACAAAGAAGGUGAAUAAUGUAAAUUAUGGAAAGUUGAAAGAAAUAAAAUCGAAAAAAUUUAAAAACAAAUAUAAAACUAGAAUUUCCAGAAGCCAACUUUUAUUUCAGGAAAUUAUUUAGACUAAAAUAAAAUUCUCGAAGAAAUCGAAAUAAACUACGAAAGUAUAAUCUUAAUUGAAUUUAAAGGUAAUCAAUAAGACUGGGUUUUCGAAGAGGAAAUCAUUCUUGAAAAAAAACAACUUAUGGAUAUUUUUAAAAUAAAGCUUUUCCAUAAAUCUUAACCUGGAAAUGCCAGAAAUGGAAUUUGUGGACUUUAAAAUUUAGGAAAUACAUGUUUUAUGAACUCUUCAAUUUAAUGCUUAAGUAAUAUUUAGGAAUUAACUAAUUAUAUGAAGUAAAAUUUAUUUCUAGAUGAUAUAAAUAGAGAUAAUCCAUUAGGGACAGGUGGAUAUUUAGCUGCUGCAUAUGCUGAACUUAUUAAAAAUAUAUGGUUAGGAUCUAAUAGUUGUGAAUCUCCUUGGGAAUUAAAACGUAUUGUAGGCAAAUUUGCUCCCUAAUUUAGUGGAUUUAAUUAAUAAGAUUCAUAAGAACUUCUAUCUUAUUUAUUAGACGGAAUCCACGAAGAUUUAAAUAAAAUACUAAAAAAAACCAUACUUAGAAUAAUUAGAAUCUGAUGGAAAUAACGACAAAUAAGUGGCUGAGAAAAGCUGGGAUAAUUAUUAGAAAAGAAACAAAUCAAUAAUUACUGAUUUAAUGGUAGGGAUGUUUAAAUCCACAUUAGUAUGUCCUACAUGUGGAAAAAAAUCAGUCACAUUUGAUCCUUUUAUGACUAUUUCAGUA